UUCUUUAGUCAUGGAGUGGGYGAUUCCAAAAAUAAGGUGUCUGUGGGCUGGUGUUUGUGCUCACUGUUAGCUCUCAGUCACUGAUGACUCUGGUUUGUUUGUUCACUUUACAGCAAUCUGGGGCUCUGAAGAGGAGGUUCCAGUCACCACAUGGGAACCCACCCGUGAAACGCCAACGUAAAUUAUCCAUAAACACCUUCAGGAAAGGUGCCACGGAAGCUGACAGGAGGGAGGAGGGAAGCUCAUCACAAAAACCUGUUCCUAAGAAGCAGUUGACUGGCAAGCAAAAUGAAAACCAGAAGAACAAACCUUUCAUUAAGACGUCCAGCCUGUUUAAAAACAACCCAGACAUUCCAGAAAUUGAGAGGAAAGCRGUGCAGCAGCUGCAAGAAAAUGUUUUCACUACAGAUUGCUUCAGCCAGCUGGACCUCCACCCCCAUCUGGUCUCYACAAUAAACACUGUCCUAAACAUAUGUAGCAUGACCAGUGUUCAGAAGCAAACAAUUCCUGUGCUCCUGCAAGGCAGAGAUGCCCUGGUGAGAUCUCAGACUGGUUCAGGUAAAACUCUUGCCUAUGGGAUUCCACUUGUACAGUCUUUGCAAGGAAUGCAACCCAAAAUACAGCGCAGUGAUGGGCCCUAUGCACUCGUGCUCGUCCCAACCAGAGAGCUUGCACUCCAAAGUUUUGAUACAAUCCAGAAACUACUAAAGCCAUUUACCUGGAUUGUGCCUGGAGUGCUAAUGGGGGGAGAAAAGAGAAAAUCAGAAAAAGCCAGAUUGAGGAAAGGGAUAAACAUCCUCAUUUCCACUCCUGGCCGCCUGGUGGAUCACAUCAAGUCCACAGAAUGCAUCCAUUUCCGUCGCACUCAGUGGCUGAUUAUUGAUGAAGCAGACAGGAUCCUGGACCUGGGCUUUGAGAAGGAUGUGGCUGUGAUACUCAAYGCUUUAAAUGCUGAGAGAGAGACACGUCAGAAUGUGCUGCUCUCAGCCACCCUCACUGAAGGAGUAACACGCCUGGCCGAUAUCAGCUUGAAUGACCCCGUCAGCAUUUCCAUAGCAGAUGAGAUCCAGAAGGUGCCUGACCCAGCAUCACAAACGGGUAGAGAAGCCAACAGUGCAUCCAACUGUAUGGAGCAGGAAAACUUUGCUGUUCCUGAGACACUCAAGCAGUAUGUUGUGAUGGUCCCCAGCAAACUGAAACUUGUCACGUUAGCAGCUUUUAUCCUGCAGAAAUGCAAGUUUGAGAAACGCCACAAGAUGAUCAUCUUUUUCUCCAGCUGUGAGCAAGUGGAAUUCUACCAUGAGCUCCUGGUAAAGGUCYUUGCAGGAGGGUCAGAGUCAGAACAACCUGGACAUUCAUCCCUCUCCUCUAUGAGCUUACAGUUCCUACGGCUGCACGGCGACAUGGAACAGGAAGAAAGAACAGAGGUCUUCCAGGAGUUCCUAAAAUCCAAGACUGGCAUCUUGCUUUGCACUGAUGUUGCAGCACGGGGACUGGACCUGCCUCAAGUUACGUGGAUCGURCAGUACAACGCUCCUGCUUCACCUGCGGAAUACGUGCACCGGAUCGGGAGGACGGCGCGCAUUGGCUGCCACGGGAACAGCCUGCUCGUCCUGGCGCCUUCGGAGGCGGAAUAUGUCAGCUUGCUGGCUUCUCACAAGAUUAAUGUUUCAGAGCURAAGAUGGAGAAGGUGUUGGCCAGCCUGAUGAAAGAUGAUCGCUUCAAGGUGCACAGACCAGGGAGCAAGAAAUCCCGUGGCAAGAACCCUCAGGAAGUCCGGGAGAGGGCCACAGUCCUGCAGACAAAAUUUGAAAAUCACGUCCACUCCAGCGAGGGGACCGUCCGUUGGGCAAAGAAAGCACUGCAGUCAUUCCUUUGUGCCUAUACCACCUAUCCCAAGAACCUCAAGCACAUCUUCCACAUCAAAUCUCUCCACCUGGGUCAUGUGGCCAAGAGCUUUGGGCUGAGAGAUGCCCCCCAGAACCUGACUGCCCUUCCAGCUGCAGGCUCAAAGAAGAAAACCAAACCAAGGCCAAAAAGGUCUGAGCUGCUGAAGAAGACCCACGGCAAACGCCGGCUCGCUGAGAUGCUGCGCUCCGAAUAUUCCAGCGGGAUGGACACCGGAGGAGCCAAGGUCAGGAAGAAGAAGAAGAGAAAGCUGAGCAAAGCUGGCGAGCAGCAGAUUCCAACAUAAGCCAGGGCCUUGCAGUGGUUGGCUGUGAAAGCUGCUUGAGUGCCUCAGCCGGGGGUCGGGGUGACCUGCCAAAUGGACUGAGGAGCRUUUCCAUUUAUCAGGCAAGUGUGGGAGGGAUCCUGGGGAUCUUGGCCUCCUCCCCUUCGUUCCAUAGGUCCAAAUGGAAUGGAAUUUAGGUGUGUCCUGAUGUACUGCUGCAAUUAAAUGUGGCCUCCUGAAGAUGCGCCGAGUUUCUAAGGUGGUUUUUAGCAAGAAAAAUAAAAAAAAGGUUAAAUAUGAUUUUCAGAGAAACGUGAUGUCUGUGCAAYGUAAAAGUGAGAUCAGAGUGGGCAGACAGAAGGUGCUUUUGUGUUUAAGGAGCUGUAGAAACACUCCCCAAUGCCUUCACUUGCUGUUUCCAGCCAGAUAAACAUGGCAGGGGAGGUGUCCCAGGAGCACAGCGGGGAGGGGACGCUGCCCUGUCYCCUGACACCAUUGAUGCCUUAUCAAUCAGGCUGAUCUGAAAUAGAGGYCAGACAAAGUUAAGAGAAUGGGAACAGACAACUUUAAUCCAGGCCUAACAGGCCCCCUGGUACAUUAGGGCAGACAAAAUCCUCCUCCUGAGGCUACACCCAAAAUGGACCCUGAGUCACGGGAUCUUCACCUUUUAUAAGUUCUGCCAUCUUAACAUAUUGGGUCUUAAUUCUCCAGUGAUCUUUACAGGUGAUAAUGUCACCACCCCAAACUUGCUUCCCCCCAACUUGCUGCUGUUUCCAUAUUUUGGGGCUCUGAGGUGUCCUUGGAUUCAGGCUCAGAGAGGGAUUGUUUUGUCUAAAGAUGGGAGAAUGRKAGUUUUAGUGCUGUACUAGAGAAGUACAAGAAUACAGACGUAUGAAAAUACAGAAAUGAAAAAUCCUAAGGCAUCACCAUAAAGGGCCCACUUMUGCUCCUGUCCCAGGUGAUGAAGCCACGUUGCUGCCACCUCCUCUCCUGUCCUCUGUGCCCAGCUCUGUCCCCAGUCCCUGUCAGUCAGAAUUGUCCCCUGUAGGGUUGCCAGUGACACCAUUGUGGAGAACUCUUCAGUGGGGUGACACASGGUCCCUUUGGGGCACAGCUCAUGGGCACAAAACUUCAUGUUCAGGAGCAAACAUCACUGGGGGAAGGAGCUGGUGAGGAAUCCUUCACUCUCCCAACUUCUCCUUGCCUGCAGCAUGUUGUCAUCCCUGAUUAUGUAACACACAGGGUGGAUGAGAUGUCUCACCUCUCUGAACAUUAAAGGCUUUGCAGGCUCUUGCAAACACUUGCCAGGAGUGACCCAGCCUUUGGGGUUCUCUGCCUUGUCUGGGCCUGUUUGGWGCUAAUGGAUUUCACUUCUUUGCCAUCCUUGUUCUUAUCAGAGAAUUGGGACACUGGGAAAAGCGAUGCAGGAUGGUCCCAAAUGUGCUGAAAUGGGCUCUUGUUCACCAUUGAAAAUGAAACCCAAAAUCCCCUUGGAGUGGAGAAGUGCCCCCAAAGCCUGCAGGAGAUUUUCCAACUCUCCCAGCUCCUUCCACCUCCCUCCCCAUGCUCCUCCCUCUKCUCCUUCCAGCCCCUCCUAGAACACAAUAGGGGAAAACAGUGCAAACUCUGCCAAAACACAAAUUUCUGCUCCUUGUUCGUGUCAUCCUCGAGGAAAGGGAUGAGSAAGAGCAGCCCACCCGUGACCUAAGCCAGGCAUGUUUAAUGCAGCAGCAGAAAGUGCUCAAAUGGUGGCAAUUUCAGACGUCAGAAGGAAAAAAGUACUGAAAAAGGAGUAUAAACAGAUGAAAAUGAAGCCUUGUAAAUGCAGAAUUGAGGGCACCUACUUUGGGCUGUAGUGAGUCAUACAAAGGAUUGUAGGAGAGAAGCAAUCAGCCCCAAAGUAGUUAAUUUCUGAAGUGAAGGUAACUUUUGAGAACCAGAAUUUUUAUUUCCUCCCAGGCAAUUACCAAACACUCAGAUUUCACUGCAAUACUUUUUKGAACACUUCUGAAAGAUGAUAAAAAGGCUCCAGUAUCAAAUUAACCACGAUUCUGCAGUGAGAAUGAAGUUACAAGCAUUUAUUAGAUCAAAAUAAAAUAACAACAAAGCCCACCUGAUUUUGUUAUGAGAACUAUUUGGAAGAGCAAUCAGGUUUAAGGCAAAUGUCAGCUUAAACAGAAAAGAAACCCCUGAGGAUGGAAAUGACUCAGAGUGAUGCAGAGAGUGUAAGUUUGGGAAUGAUCUUGUGCAUGAGGGGAAAAUACAUGACCUUCUCCUGGCUGACUGUCACAUAGGAAUUAAUAGGGAGUAUUGGCAAAUUUAUAAUAAUGGGAAUAAAGGCCAACUGCACAUAGGUGAGAGACAUCAGGAAAUCUCAUUGCUGCCUGUAUUAACUGGGCAUAAAACAUUACAGAUGGUUUUGAUGAAUAAAGUGAUUUUUAAAAAUC